AUGCCCACUAUUUUUGAAGCAAAAACGUUGCCUAAAAUUACAAAGAUGCCAGAAUUGAAUUCUAAAACAAAAGAACAGCCAGAUUUUUACCAUAACUUUCGACAACUAGUAGAUUUAUAGCUAAAAAAGGAGUCUUCUUUUAUAUUUAGGUAACAAUUUGAUGAAUUAAAGACCUAAAUUAGCUUUAAGUAGAUUUAUGUGGGGUCCAGAGAUGGAUUUAGAGCAGAAAAUUUUCACAGUAAAUGCAAUAGUAGAGGCCCAACUGUAUGCUUCAUUUUGAGUGAAACUGGAAACAAACAAUAUUUUUUCCUUAACUCAUCUAUCCAUUCAUAAACAGUUUAGAAACUUUCACUUAGCAAUUGGAAAUAAUGA